UGACUUUCCUUAGAUGGGCGGAUUUGUAGCGCCUUGGUUGACAUUGUUGUUGUUGUGGGAGUAAGAAUGUACUUAGUCGUCAAGUCUUUUUAAGGCAACAAGCAAGACGUAUUUUUGACAUUUACACAAAGCUGAAUAACAUUACCUCCGGAGGAACUGAUUUUCUGCGAGAGAAAAGUCCAGAGUGGAAGGAAAUGAGAGAGAAAUUCCGCGAGGCCGCUCGAGGUUUUCAUGCACAACAUCUGUCUCUGACCAUUUUGCUUGUUGGAUGGUUCUCAGAGCCUGGCUGCUGAGAGAUGGGCUAUUGACCUUGUCCUGGGGGCCCAGACCUCUGAAACUGCUGUCCUGUUGUGUUUAUUUGUGUUAGAAGAGGCUGACUCACUCUAACUAAUGUUAUGAAAGAUGUCAGGUGUGGCCGUAAUGGUGCUUUUGCUGUGAGGGAGAAUUACUCUCCAGUCUUUUCUCUCCUGAUGUCCCCUUCUGCACUGUAAAUUCAUGAUCACAUGACUUUGGAUAUGGACGCAGUCCUGUCCGACUUUGUCCGUUCUACUGGAGCUGAACCAGGACUGGCCAGAGACCUGCUGGAGGGAAAGAAUUGGGACCUCUCAGCUGCGCUGAGUGACUUUGAGCAGCUGAGACAAGUGCACGCUGGGAAUCUCUCAUGCACCCUUGCUGAGGAGAGAGAGUACCCCUCCAUUGAGAAGGAGAUGGCACGAACGGGGCGGUCCCUUUUGUAUCGCCAAGAUGAGGUUGUGCAAGCAGCCACGGAGAAGCGACUGUCGAGGGGGAUCUCUCACGCCAGCUCCACCAUCGUCUCUCUGGCCCGCUCACAUGUGUCCAGUACGGGAGGCAGCAACGAGCCGCUUCUGGACACUCCUCUCUGCACCUUCCAGUUGCCUGACCUCACCGUCUACAGAGACGACUUCCGCGGCUUCAUCGAGAGAGACCUCAUUGAGCAGUCUAUGAUGGUGGCGUUGGAGCAUGCGGGACGAUUGAAUUGGUGGACUCGUUUGGGCACUGGCUGUCAGAGUUUAUUACCUCUGGCUACUAGUGGUGAUGGGAAUUGCCUGUUACACGCAGCCUCACUGGGUAUGUGGGGCUUCCAUGAUCGAGACUUGAUGCUGCGGAAGUCUCUCUAUGCACUGAUGGAUCAUGGGCAGGAGAGGGAAGCUUUAAAGCGAAGGUGGAGAUGGCAACAAACCAUGCAGAACAAAGAGUCGGGACUGGUUUACACAGAGGAGGAGUGGCAGAGAGAGUGGAAUGAGUUGUUGAAACUGGCAUCUAGUGAACCCAGGAUACACUACAGCACCAACGGCAGCAACGGUGCCGAGUCACAGGAGGAGCCGGUAUAUGAGAGCCUGGAGGAGUUUCAUGUGUUCGUUCUUGCUCACGUGCUCCGCAGGCCGAUAGUGGUGGUGGCUGACACCAUGCUGCGGGACUCUGGGGGAGAAGCUUUCGCACCAAUCCCAUUUGGAGGGAUUUACCUGCCUCUGGAAGUACCAGCCAACAAGUGUCACCGCUCUCCUCUCGUUUUGGCGUAUGACCAGGCCCAUUUUUCUGCUUUGGUCUCAAUGGAGCAGAAGGACAGUUCCAAAGAACAAGUGGUGAUCCCUCUGACAGACUCGGAUCAUAAGAUGCUGCCUUUGCACUUUGCUGUGGAUCCUGGGGAAGACUGGGAAUGGGGCAAAGAUGACAAUGACAAUGUGAUGCUAGCAAGUGUAACCUUAUCUCUGGAGGCCAAGCUCCAUCUGCUACACAGCUACAUGACUGUCACCUGGCUUCCUCUACCCUGUGAAGUACAGGCCCCAUUGGCCCAGCCAGAGUCACCUACAGCGUCUGCAGGAGAGGAUGCCCGCACCCCUCAAGACUCCGGAGAGUCAGAUAAGGAGUCCGUCAGCAGCAGUUCCAACGGCAAUGGGGACAGCAGUACUACUGGAACCAGUGGGACAACAGGCAAAACAAGUGGUGGAUCUUCCAGCUCCUCUAGCUCAUCCAGUAACAGUUCAGCAGGGACAACUGGCACAAUUGGAAAGGAGAAGGGGAAGAAAGACAAAGAAAAGGAUAAGGACAAGAAACGUGCAGAUUCCGUUGCCAACAAGCUAGGUAGCUUUGGGAAGAGCCUGGGCAGUAAGCUGAAGAAGAAUGUGGGAGGCCUGAUGACGGGGAAGAACGCAAGUGGAAGUGGAGGCAAACAAGAGGGUCAGGAGAAGAAGAAAGGCUCUCUGAGAGGUCGUAAGGGCAGUAAGGACAGCUCUCCCUCCAUUCAAACCGGCUCCGAGGACUCUGGGAAAGGUUCACCCUCCUCAAUAAGCGAACGGCAAAAUGGAAGCUACUCUUCGGAAAGUGACCCUUUUAAGUACAGCUCGGAUGUGAAAGUUAGUCUUAGCAUCCUUCGAUCCGCUAUGCAAGGUGAACGGAAGUACAUCUUUGCUGCGCUGCUCACUACCAGCAACCGUCAGCCGUUCCAAGAGGAGAUGAUCCAACGCUACCUGAUGGAUGCCGAGGAGCGCUUCCAUGCCGAACAGGAACAGAGGAGGGAAGCUGAACGGAAAGCAGCAGGAGGUCUUAUAACUACUAGUGGAUCCCAACUGAAAAAGGAUGGGCCUGAGCUGAGUUAUAGAGGUUUUGAAAGCAAAGAGGAAAUUACUGAUAACUCACCUCCUACUUUUAACGCAUUGAAGUCGACUUCUUUCAGCCCGGUGAUGUACUCGGGUGUGGUUCCAAUCCCAAGGCCCACCUUCAUUGAUCAUUCUCCUACCCCAAUUGCACAGCAUCUUCAUAUGCAUGGUUACAUAGAUACACGGCGGCAGCUGGCAGGAGGUUCUCCAUCUUCUUACCCAGGCCUACCAUCCUAUGCCACCUUGCCCCGACACUGCCCCCUAGCACAGGGCCCGCCCCAUUCCCAGUACCACCCGCCUUCCACCAGCUUGGGCAGCCCAUCCCGUAUCAUCACCCCCUGCCUGGCGUCUUUUUCCCAAGAGCAUGACCCAACUGACUACCCAACCGAACCUACCGGAGGCUACACAAAUGGCUUGCGGGACUUGCGCUCGACUUUGGACAGUCGAAAUGGGCCGAUGCCUGUGAGGCAUUACUCCUUGGGCAGUGCGGGUGGCCUUGCAAACCUGCAGUCCAGCAAAUGCCGAACGCCUACCUGCAAUUACUACGGCCACCCUGAGACGGGCAAUUACUGCUCGUACUGUUACAGAGAGGAGCUGAAGAGACGGGAAACAGAGCCGGCCAUCCACAGGUUUUGAAUGGACAAAUCUCUGUUCUGUUUCUCUCCUAUAGGACUCAUUGGAGCCCGACGUGUGAGCCACAUCAUAUCCUGUUUGCGUGGAUCUUGCUUUAAGACAUAAGAUCGGCCUUUCUGAACCAGGUUACUGAGACUCUGUGUCCACAAUUAAUGGGCAUUGUGGAAAUGGGACUGCUGUUGUGUUACAUUUGCUGUGGCUCAUAGGCAGGAGCUUUAAGCUCCUCCCACAUUUGCUUGAUGUGGUCAUCCUCUUAUCUGUCUCCUUGUCUCCUCCUAGUGGCGAGAAUGUAGAACACAGGCAAUAGACAUUGGAACACAACAUGCUAUGUUGCAUCACAUGGACAUGCCGCGUACCCCAAAAUACACAUUAAGCACAACCAGAAAAUGCGUAUUUAUAUUAGCUACAGUUAAUCAAGUUAUAUCAGAUGCAAUCAAAAUAAGACUUGCCAUAUGGCAACAACACUCUGUUAGCUUCGAGUGUUAUACACAUUGGCCCAUUUUACUGUAACGCUACAUUACUUUACUUUAACUAGCACCCCUUUUAAAAGCCAUACCUAGUUGGCUUAAAUUAGCUAAUAUGGUGCUUUCUCGAUUCUAAGAUGUUUAACUUAUGGAGCUGAACCUUGACAGACAAAGGGUUCGUUUUAGGUCUUUACACAUCCUCAUUAAAAAUUGCAGUAAUUUACGUUCUAUUAAGUGUUUUUAGAACAUUUAAAAGUGCAAAACCUUUAAAAUUAGUGCAAAAAAAAUUCCCUUUCUCAAGGAAAGAAAUUAGACAUCAUUUUUUAGAAAUGGUACAUCAUGUGGUAGUAUUCAAGUAUUAUGUUGGUUAUAUUAAUAAAUUAGUUCUAGGUACUUGCAGGUCAAAGGGGGCUGAUGUUGAAAACAAUUUCUGACCUCUUCAGAUGUUACUGCUGCACCAAAUAAAAUGGUGUUCCUUUAUGAUGUUAGGGUUAACGCAUCAGCUUCCAUCAGAUUCACUGGACACAAGAUUAUUGAUAGACGCAGUAUCGCCCCCAGAGUAGUUGCUGCACCAAAUCAAGCACUUUUCUAAUGUCCAGAGGUUGUGCAUGUGGGUUUUAGAUGUGACAAUGAAUAGACUGUUAUGUUGCUGUGCUUCUAGUCUGGCGGUUUGCUCCAUUCUGGAGGCAGAGCUUGCGGUUCCACUCGCGUGGACUGCGGAGGUCAGGGUUCGGCUGUAGGUGCCACUGUGUUGUGCGCAAACUCACUUGUUUCCUAGUUGCCUUUUCAGUCUUAGUUCAGUCCUCCCAGGAGGAUUGUUGAACUGAAUUUCUACUUUUGUUUGGUUUUGGAUUCACAGUGCUGAUUAUAGUGUUGUCAUUAUUUGUGGACGUAGAGGGAUGCUAGCAGAUCUCUUAGUAUCUGAACUAUACGAUGCACCGUGAGUUGAGAUUUUGUGACAGAUGCUUUCAAAAUCCUUUUACACUGUUAACAGACAGUACAGCCUCUGAUAAAGCCAGCUAGUUGUACAAGUCAGCCAGAAAUGGAAAAUGCUGCCAUUUACUCACCCUUGCAUGACGUUUCAAACCCGUAUGACUAGGAAAUUGUCCUUUUCCAUAUGAUGAAAGUAAAUGUGGAACUUGUGUGGUAAAUUUCAAGUAUGUGAGUAAUAGAUCAUAGGUCAUUAUUCACAGAAAGUCUUGCCCUCUGCUCAUGUACUGACAAAUUUGAAGUCCGUGAUGACAAAUGGCAUUUGGUUCUUGUGUGUCUUGUAACUAAGCACGACACACCAAUGUGAAUAUGUGAAUGAGAUUUAGAGAGCUACGUUGGACUGCAAAUAUGCACUCUGUUAUUUCUGAAUCUGAGUGUAGAUGAGCCAAACCCAUGUUACAUGUUGGAUCAUAGUUAAGUUUUUGCUAAAUUUGAACUAAAUGUUUAGUUAAACUGUUUUGCACAGCAGAGCGCCCCAUUCAAUUUCAUUAUAUGGAAAAGGGCAGUCUGGACAUUCUGCAAACUAGUGUUGAAGUCAAAAGUACCAACGUCGAUACCAAGUCGGUACUGAAAUUUUAAAAGUGUAAUGCUUUGAGCGCUGUUGAGCGGAUUCGUAAACACCUCUGAUUGGCCAUUGUGUUCAGGUGCUCAACAGAUAUGUCUGUGAUUGGCUACAAUGAUCAACGCACAGGAGCGUUUGAAAGCACACAAAAGUGUUUGAAUUUGAAAGCAGGCAUCUAACAGCGGACCGGUCUGCUGCUAGAUGCCUGCUUUCAAGCUCCUGUGUGUAUCUGUGUAUGUGCUCGGUGAAGAGUGUCAAAGAUGUCUAUUUACAACAUGUUUUUGAAGCGUUGAUCAUUGUAGCCAAUUACAGACAUAUCUGAUGAGCGUGUGAACACAAUGGCCAAUCAGGGGUGUUUACUAAUCCGCUCAACAGCACUCAAAGCGUCACAGUUUAAAAAUUUCAAUAUCGACUUGGUAGUUUUCAGAAGUCGGUACUUUUGACAGCACUACUGCAAACAUCUCAUUGUGUUUGACAGCAGAAAGAAAGUCAUACAGGUUCAUAACGAUAUGAGAGGGAGAAAGUUUCUGGUAGAUUCUUUAUUUUGGGGUGAACUAUCCCUUUACCCUCUCAUUGCUCGUGUUAAAUGGGCUCUAUAGUUCACUAAGAGGAUGUUGCUGAUUUGAUGUGGGUAAGUGUUCGUGUGCUGCAGAUGUAGAGCUGUUGUCAUAGCGAACCCCUUCUGCUUCUGAAACACUCAAUACCAAUGUAAUCAGUCGUAUGCAAAUAUUUGUAUAACUGUGUCAGCUCAAGGCACCUUGUUUCUCCAAUGUUCACACAUUUGCAUUACUGAUUUGCACAAUUAAAGGGUUAGUUCAUCCAGAAAUGAAAUUUCUGUCAUUAAUUACUCACCCUCAUGUUGUUCCAAACCCAGUAAGACAUUCGUUCAUCUUCGGAACACAAAUUAAGAUAUUUUUGAAGAAAUCCGAGGGUUUCUGAACCACACAUAGGCAGCAAUGUUAUUGCACCUUUUGAGGUCCAGAAAGGUACUAAAGACAUUGUUAAAAUAGUCAGCGUGACUACAAUGAUUCAACGUUAAUAUUAUGAAGCGACAAGAAUACUUUUUGUGCACAAAAACAAAAUAAAAAUAACGACUUUAUUCAACAAUUUCUUCUCUCCUCUGUUAUUCUCCUACAAUGUUGACGUUGUAUAGACAGUGCAGCACUUCCAGGUUCUACGUCAAAAUGCCGACUCAUUAUUGGCCGGCUUUUGCGUCAGCAUCACACGCAUGCGUUGUGCUGCUCGCAUGUACAGCGUCGGCCAGUACUAAGCAGGCGUUUGGAUGUAAACACGGAGGGGCUGCACUGCGUUCACUACGUCAAGAGCGUAGGAGACUGACAUAGAAGAGAUGAUAUUGUUGAAUAAAGUUAUUUUUGUUUUGUUUUUGCACACAAAAAGUAUUCUCGUCACUUCAUAACAUUAAGGUUUAACCACUGUAGUCACAUGGACAUUAAUACCUUUCUGGACCUCAAAAGGUGCAAUGACGUUGCUGCCUAUGUGUGGUUCAGAAACUCUCGGAUUUCUUCAAAAAUAUCUUAAUUUGUGUUCUAAAGAUGAACGAAGGUCUUAUGGGUGUGGAACGACAUGAGGUUGAGUAAAUAAUGACAGAAAUUUCAUUUUUGGGUGAACUAACCCUUUAAAAAUAUGCCAGGCUAGUAUCCUAACAAUUUCAACAUACCUCUUUAUAUGGUAUCUCCCAUGUUUUUGAAGUGUAGAUUAAUUUCAUUUUUUAAAGCACUAAAUUUCCUAAUAUUGUCCAGCAAGAUAAGAACAUAGAGGGUUGAUAGUUUCAUUUUUUUUCUUCCCAAAUGAAAGAUAUUUUUGACAUGUUAUUCACUCGUAUAACCAAUAGAUGGCACACUUGUUUAGGUUUCGUUUUCAUUAUUUCUACAUCAGUGCCUCCCUAGUGACCUUUUGAGACUGGCUCACAUUUUCAGUGUAAAUAAGGGACAAAGAGUACGCUGCUGCUGCUGCUUUAUGAUUCAGAAAGUUUUUUUUUUUUUUUUUCAUUUGGUCAGGCACAUUUGAAUAUAAAAUGCAAGCAAUUAACUUUUUUUUGGUCUUAUGUAAGGUAUAUACCAUUUACCCAGAUUUCCACACUGCUAAGUCGCAAAAAGGAAUUCAGCGUGUGUGUGUGUGUGUGUGUGUGUGUGUGUGUGUGUGUGUGUGUGUGUGUGUGUGUGCGCGCGUCUGGUAAAUUGUGCUUUUGCAAACAUAUUGCAGCUUUAAGGCACAAACAAGAGGAAAUUGUCAGUGAAAUGACAGCUACUCUCUCCGUAGGAGUUUGUUCUCCUUCCAGUGUACUUGUAGUUUGCGUUUUAACGGAUUCAUUUAUUUGACAAAUGGAAUGGUCAUUCAGCCACCCAGAGCGUUGGACUUCAAUAAGAGUGCAAACAUUUUUGUAUUAAGAAAUAAAAAAAAAAAAAUGUAUAAAUACGUUCAAGUUAUUUUUGUAAAUCAAAAGCAGUUUUACAGUGUUUUUUAAAGAUACGAAUGUAUGCUGUAGGACCGUACCCUGAGUUGAAGUCAGCUGAUUUGGUGGUGGAGUCAGUAUUCUGGUGCGUACGGCGCUGUCUUAAAUCAGAGAGUUUCUUGUGAACAAACUAAUUUCUCCAUCAGUGAUCUGACAAGGUUUGAUUUGAAAAUAUAUAUUUGUAGUAAGAUUUUUCAAAAGACUGGGAUGUUUAGUUUCUGAAACUAGGAUGUUCUUUCUUACAUGGCUAGUUGUCAAACAGACGGGCCUCCUGAAGUUUCCUAAUUUCUAUUUUGAAGCGAAUUAUGCUACUUAAUCACAUUUUGAGUACAUUUUUUAAUGAUGGUGGUGGCAUCCACCAUCAGAUUUCACACACUAAAUUCUCUUAUUUAAUACAGUGGGCUUUGUUUUGUUAUGAAGUAGCUUACUUACUAUUUUUAUAUGGUAUGUUUUCAUGGAUGUGACAGAGCUACAGUCAUCAGCAUUCUCGAAUUUGCAUGAGACUGAAACUGUUGCAUGUACAGAACUGGCAGAUGCAAUUUAUCUAAUCAUAUUUGUGCAUUACUUCUGGCUAAUUGGGCAAUUUGUGUUUGUUUUCAGCCGUUGUACCUUUCUCCUUGUUUGAGAGGUGACCCCAGGCUGUGUGACAGUGCAAUCUAGGUGGAAAGAACAUCUGAUUUUUAUGUUAGUUUUAUUUUAUUUUUCUUUUCUUUUUGCACCGUUUUAAUAAAAUUCUCAUUGUAUUUAAA